AUGCCUGGCUUGAACGUUUCGCAAGCGUUGCAAGAUCACCAGAUCAAGUUCAGAACAGCUCCAGGCCCUUCUGUGGUGCCCGCCCCCGCGGCUGCCAAAGCGGUUGUGGCCGUGGGGGCUGCCAAACCUGUGCCUUCAGCCACCAAACCAGCCUCGACAGCCACCAAACCAGCCUCGACAAUUCCGUGUCCCCUUCCGGACGAGACAAUCGAGAGGGCAGCAAAGAAUCUGCUAGCUGGGCCCAUGAAUGCGAAAGUGAAAGAGGCACAGCGUCGCGGGGAUGAACAAUUCAUGAUUACAUGGGGUUCAAUGACUGCGCAUCAAGACAAGGACACCCAAUUGGAACUUGAAUGCAUGUCUUGUGCCAGCGCGGAAACGCGCAGCAUCGAAGAUUUGCUGGAUUUCAUCGAUGGCAAAGCAGAUGAUGCCUUGAGGGAAUUGAAGGAAGAAGUUGGUUCCAAAAAGACCAGGAAGAAGAGAGAAAAGGAGCCAAUCCCACUGGAUGCGGAAGGUGUCCAGGCGGCCCUCUUUGAUCUCAUGAGCAACCUGGGCCAGACGCCGCUGGAGGAGCCGGUGCCCGCCGCCCCCGCGCCGAGCGCGCCCAGCUUGGAGAAGGCCGCGGCGGCCUCCGUCGCGGCGGCCGCAGCCGCGGCCUCGGGGGAUCCGGUGGCGCAGGUCAAGGCGGCGGCGGAGCUUCUAGCGCAAGCUGCGGCCCAGAGCAAUUCCCCACGGAAGGCCGAGCCCGUCUUCAUUGGGCGUUGCCUGCAGCAUGCCCGGCGCAAUUGGGUCGACGAGUUCCAAGACUUCCGCGACAGCGGCUAUGAUGUAGCCAAGCUGAUGCUGAAGAAGGCCCAGGAGAAAGGCAAAGGUGACAGACUGCUCGCAGCGUCCCGCACCCUAUCAGACAGUGAUAACAACGCAGCCGCAGGGGCUUUGCAUGCCAUCCGGGACCUCCUAGGGUCACAGGAAGGCAUCUUGCAGCGAGAACUCACAGGACUUCGAACGCAGCUCAGUGCGUUGGACACGCGUUUUUCCCAAGUGCAGGAGAGACUUCAGGAAUCUGAGGAGCGGGAAGGUUUGCUGGGCAAACGCCUCACUGCAGCCUUGAAGCAAGAGCGCGAGUUGAAGUUUGCCUUGGAGACGGCAAGACAACAGUACGAAAGUGUUUCAGAGGAAUUGGAAGGCCUGCAGGAUUCUGAAACGAAGUUGAAACGUCAAGUGCAAGACCUGAUCCAACGAGAGCAAGACCUGAAGAACGCCGAUGUGGUGCGACCAAAGGACUUGGAGGAGAUGGAAUCCCUGCGGAAAGAGCGUGAUCAACUCUUGCUGCGCCUGCAACAGCUGGAACAAGACGGCCAGGCAUACGGUCGUGAGCUCGCUGAAUCUCAGAAGCGGGAGGUUGCCUUGCAGGCGGCCUUAGACAACUCGACUGAGCAGAUGGCGGAGCUCAUCACAGCACUCACUGAGUCGAGAGCCAGGGAGGCCGAACUUCAGGGUCAGCUGUCAGCAGCACUCGAACGCGAACAAGCGCUCUCGAUUGACCUGCAGGAGUCUCAGCAGCGAGAGCAGCAGCUUAGCAGAGAGCUGGAGGAUCAAGCGCAACGCUUGGCGGAUGCUCUCAGUGCUCAGGAACAGUUGGCUGAGCGUUUGGAUGAGACGCUGAGAAAGGCCACCACCGUGGCAGCAGACUUGACGGCCUCGCGAAAGCAUGAAGUGGCCUUGAUGAAGGAACUCAAAGACUCGCUGGAUCGCGAAGAACAGCUGAAGAAUGAACUCGAGGCGGUGGCGAGACCUGUGAGUUAG